CUCUGUUGAUCAAAUUACAAAAUAAGACGAAAAUAACAUGAGUAGCUUAUUUUAUCUAACACAAAUUGAACAAAAAUAAAUGUUUUUGUUUUUUUCAAAUCAAUUUUUACUUUGUUUUGAACAUUAUUUACAUAUAUGGUGUAAUAAAAAGUGUUUUUAUGCAUGACACCGAACGACUAGUGUCUCUAAAGAGAUGAAAAAUAUAAAUUAAAUCGUUGAAAGUGAAUUUCUCUUAAGAUAAAACUAAUCUUAAUUGAAGCAUUUCGAAAAUUGUGCAUUUUGGAUAAAAAGAAAAAAAAAAAUCUGGAAAAGUAAAGAGAGAAAAUGACGGAGUUGAACGAGGCAGCCUUUCCGAAAUCGGGCCGUGUUAAUGAAGUGUGUCGCGAAUGGUUGGUACGCGAAGACAGCGCUUUGGCACAACAAUUACAGUCGCAAGAAAUCAACGAUCAUUAUCGCGGCAAUCGCUAUCGAAAUCAAGUGGUUCGACAAGAUUUCCCAACCGCACUCUCGGAACAAAUAAAAGAAAAAGAAGUGGCCGAUCAACAGGCUGCACUUUACCAUCAAAUGCUUAAUGCUCAAACGGAAGCCGAUGCAAUUGUCGCACGCCAAGUGGCUGAAAAAUUGCGACGCGAACAGGACGUCGAGCGACGUCGAAAUAUCGAACAAAGUGAAUAUUUGGCGCGCCAACUUCAAGACGAUUUAGUGCUUCAUCCAAAACAUACAUCACCGGUGCCGGCACCGUCAUCAUCACGUAUGCAACAGCAAUCGUUUCAAAGUGCACUCGAACCGAUUGUCAAUGAAUUGCCCAUUCCGCCAAAGAAUCUGGGCACUAAAUUCAAUGGGCAGCAACGUCGAAAUUAUAAUGAAUGCGAUAUUGUUACAAAUCCAUCGUAUGUUACAGCCGCACCGCAAGUAUCGCCACAAAUUCGUGAUUCGCCUCAGUUGAACUACGUUUCGCUGGAAUUGAAUAUACCAAAAGAUAGUCAAAAACGUUUGGCAAAUCAUCAUGCAACACAAUACACCCAAGUGUAUGCUCAUAAUCCAAGCACACCACCGGCUCCAUUGUCACCGUCCGAUUCCGAUAGCCAUCAUUAUGAGCACAUUAAUUUACAUUCGCACACACCAGAAAAGAAGGCCAAUUCACAACCAUAUGCUGCUCAACGUGACUAUAAUUUUCCAACACCACACGAAGCGAUUGUAUUACCACCAAAACCAAAUAAACAACCACCAACAUCACCAUCAAAAGCAAUGAAUAGCAAACAAUAUGAAUUGCCAAAAUUACCGCCGAAAGCGAAGGAUUUAUCACCGAAAAAUCGUGGAAUUCAAAUGCUCACCACAGACUCAUUUGAUAUGCUGAUGGGAAAUCGAAACUCGUGCGAAAUUCCCGAUGAAUGCGAUAGUUUGGCCGUUGGCGGUGUCGAUCCGAAAGGGGCACGUAAUUUACAAUCGGAACGCAUUUUUAAUAGUAAUACACCAAAUAUCAAUCGCAUCGAUUCAGUCAAUGACAUUUUGAGCUAUGAUGAUGCGGUUGAAGAAGCGGCCAGCAGUUCGGUUAGUUGUUCAGAUCGUAUUCGGCAAUUGCAAGAGCUGGGCGUUCCAGCCGAUGAAAUACUCGAAAUUGAUCGACGUCUUACACAACAAGAGAAGGAUGAAGAGUUGGCGCGUCAAUUGCAAGAGGAAGAAGGUCAGGUGUGCAUGACACAAGAAGAGAAAGAUCGUAUGGUUGCCAUUGAAGCACAAGACAAAGAAUUGGCCAGGAUGUUACAGGAACGGGAGAAAGCCAAAGCUCGUCGAGCUAAAGAACGUGCGCGGGCUCGAAAACAGCAAUUACAAGAGCAAUUACAGCAAGAGAAAAUGCAACAAGAUGCGGCCGUUGAAACAGUUCAAUAUGUGGAAAAUUCAUCAGCUGUAUCAAAUUCACGUAGCCAUUCCGAUUCAAAUGAUAUUGAACACGAUUCAUACUCCGAUCCAAUCGAUUUGAUAAAUGCCAGAGAAAAUGCAAAGCAAUCGUAUCAAGUCGGUGAAUACUAUCACAGUAAACAGAGCAGUGGUGCAUCACGCGACUCAUUGUUCCACAGUGAUGAAAAUUACUCGAAUCCAGUUGAUUCAUUGCGAAAUGCGGUAAUGAGCGAUUUAAAUCAUAAUGCUUCACCUCCAAGGCCCAGUAAAAAGCAGUCCAGCAAACCACCGAGACCAAAAUCAGCCGAAAGUUUGGACGAUGUAGAACAUUCGUAUCCAAAUUCAUCGUCUCCCGGGCAAAAUAAUUCAGUUCCAAUGCCUACAAACGAAUCUCAAAAUUUUCUACCGGCCCAUCUAAAGUACACAACACCGGAUCAAAAUUCAAAUCCAAUUCCGCCAUAUAUGCCCAUCCAGGGGGUGCGUCGCAAUGGAAAUGUGCAGGCUGACAAAAAGAAAAAGCCAAAAGACAACAGAUGCACACACCAAUAAAGAAAAAAGAAUUUAAAAUAUAAUAUGUUUCGAAAUGAGUUUUGAAUAUGUUAAAAAUGGUUAAAUAUGUGUAUUUGCAUAUAGGGAGUUUAAUGCUUUCAAAAUGUUAGUAUGAAUUUAUGAAAAUCUAGCUAAAAUACAA